AUGGCUGCUGGUACAACAAAAGACUUUGAUGAUAAAUUGUGUUGUUCAUGUGCACCAAAGAAAACAGUAGCUAUUACAUCAUGUCAUGGAUGUUAUCAUCAUUUUUGUAAUAAACAUUUUAAUGAACAUCGAAAUCAACUAUCAAAAAAUCUUAAUAUUAUUGUUGAUCAACACGAUGAAAUUCUUCAAGAUCUUAAAAUAAGAAUUGAUCAUUCAGUUCGAAAUCAAUUAGAUAAUGAAGAUGCUCAAAAUCUAUUACGACAAAUUCAUGAAUGGGAAGAUCGAACGAUUAAUUCAUGUCGUCAUGUUGCUGAUGAUGUUCGUACUUCAGUUAAACAAUCAUUUGAUCAAACACGGGUGAAUAAUUCUCUUACUGAACGACUUCUAUUUGUAGCGAAAGAAUUAGAAGAACAACAACAUACAGAAAAUUUUGUUGAACGUGAUCUUAGUCGAUGGAUGAAAUUAUUACAAAAUUUACGAGAUGAUAUUCAUCAACCUGUAAGAUAUCCAACUGCUCUUACGAUGGAAACACAAGAUAUAGAUUGGAAAACAGUCAUCAAGAUAUCUCAAUUAUCAACUACUACGAAUCCUACUACUAAUACAAAUGGUGAAUAUUAUGUGUUAGUUGCUGGUGAAAAAGGAGCGGGUAAAACAACAUUUAUUCAUUAUGUUGCAAAUUUUUUUGCAAAUAGAUCUGCAUAUCGUCAUCGUUUUCCACAAACAAAAAUUAUACCUGAUCGAAAAGAAAUAAUUAUAAAUUCUCCUCGUUUAAAACAAAAAUUUAUCUUUGAUCGAUAUUCUUUCUUAAUUGAUAGUCAACAUACUCUUGUAUUUCUUGAUCCUUUAAGAAAUAUUGAUGGUGAAGAUGUAUAUGUAAUAAUAGAUUCUUUAUGUAAUUUAUGUGGAAUUAGUCAUUUUGCUGCGCUUGUAGUCAUAUCCGAUGGUACAGAUAUAGAAGAAGCUCCAGAUUGGAACGACUUAAUAAGUCAUUUACAAGAAUUAGAAAAAUUUCGUGAAUUUAGAAUACCAAUCAAACAAAUUUCGCUCGUUUGGACGAAUGCACCAGGGCAUGCAAUGAGUUUUAAUCGUAGAAAAUUUAGUAUUCCAGACAAUACAAACUUCUAUUUUAUGCAAAAUUCAGGAUAUCAAUUGUUCAAAUCAUGUGCUGCAAUAGAUUCUGUCGAGCCGGAUUUUCAUACUUCUAUGGAAACUAUGAAAAUAAUUAUUGAAAAAGUCGUUCACGGAAUUCAACAAGGAAUGUAA